AGCCGCUUCCAUUUUCAAACGCGUUGAGAAUUUUUAUUUCGGUUAUUUUUUUUAAGUGCGUGUUGCCAGUUCCUCAGUUUUCAUACAUAUAAACCGCAAAAUGUCGUCGGAACGGUGCUGGGCGAGUCUCGUCGCUCUUGUGGCCAGCUUAGCAGUGAUAUCGUGUGCGCAAGUUGAGGACCCGUGCAAGACCAAAUCCAGAGUGGUCGCCGAUGACAAAUACUGUGACAAAUAUUGGGAGUGCGACGGCGGCCAACCUGUCCAGUACGAUUGUCCCAAUGGCCUGGUCUUUGCUGGAAAACACCGAGGUGUUACCGAGGGAUGCGACUACCCUUGGAGGUCAAAUUACUGCGAAUACCCGAAAGCUCAAAUAAAUCCACCAAUCGGCACUGAACACUGCGACUGGCUGUACGGUAUCUUUGGACACGAAACCUCUUGCACCAGAUACUGGACUUGUUGGAACGGUACCGCUACUGAACAGCUGUGUAUUGGUGGUUUGCUGUACAACGAGAACGCUCACUCUUGCGACUGGCCUGAAAACGUGGAUGGGUGCCAGAAACAUCCUCUCUGCAACGAGGACGCCAACGGCAACGUGCCUUUAGGCAAGUCCUGCAACCGCUACUGGCAGUGUCAAGGCGGGUACCCUCGCCUGCAGCGAUGCCCAGCCAUGCUGGUGUUCGACAGACGCUCCUUACGCUGCGUUGUACCGCCCACAGAAGACUGCGAGAUACCCACAACCACCACACCACAACCGGAAGAAGAAGAUGUGAGACAGAGUCCUCAACAACCAUCAAAGAGGCCGAGCAACAACGAGUACCAAGAUGGACAAGGUCGUCAGAGGCAAAGGAACUAAGAACAUUUUCACGAUAUUAUUAGUUCAUAAGUGUUUCGAAUGGGCAUACAAGUUCUCUGUACCAAAUUUUCCAAUAGACAUCACUUAGAAUUACUACGCUUAGUUUAAAGAUACCUUGAAUCAUUUCUAUCAACUUUUUAAACGCGGAUUCCCAAAACAAAGGCAUUCCAUAGAACCAGUGGCGUGCACUUCAUACAUGCACAAAAGCACUGCCUAACAUAAAUUUUUUGUAUAACUCCUAAAUUCGAAGGAUUUUCCAUUUUCCUGACCAAAAACCCUGUGCACGCCACUGCAUAGAACUGAUAAAAAAUGUGAGCCAACUAUUUUGUUAGGUAGUAAUGUGACAAUUCCCAGCAAGUAGCAUUACGCAUAAAUACCUUGAGGAGUCACUAAAAACUCUUUUUACACCAAGACCGUUAAUUUAAAAAAUUUCAAAAGCAGGCUUUAUAUAGAUUUAAUUAAACUUCGUAAAAUUUUUGAUUUGUCGGUUACGCUAAUUCGGCGGUCAAGACAAUAUAUCGCCUCCAAAAACUAUGGUAAUAAUUUUGUCUUCAUUUUGUUUUGCCCGCUCUGCGACUAUGUCUCAACCGAUAAAUAGACAAUGGCAUCUUUUUGGUUUAUAAAGUCUUAAGAUUGCCUCGACCACAACCAUUUUGACUUUGAAACUCGUUGUGCUAAGUUGGUUAUAGUUUCUAUCGUUAUUCUAUCUACCACGAAGCUGAUUUUCGAAAAAGAUAUUGCCAAAAUAAGAUUAUAUUCGCAUCGUCUUUCAGUGGACUAUUACUGUAGCUCGAGCCUCGACCUAAUUCAUAAAUUAUCAUCAAUAACCUAUCACAGUCCCUGCUGGACUAAAGGUUUCUGCCAACGAAAGGGUUUUCCCAUAAUCAGCACGCUAGGCAGACGGGUUGGGCGUCGCAGUAGAUGGUAGUAGUGGCACAGAGAACGCUGCUGACCGUACUCCGUUUUAUUCCUUCAGUCGCCUCGUACGAGGAGGGGUGGUGACAACUGCAACUGAUCUACCGUCACCACACGACACUUCUCAUUCUAUCAUCGCCAUCCAUUCAACGAGAUAUUGUUUAAAAGUCCAUUUCAUCAAUUCGCCUUUAAUAAGUAAUAUUUAUACUCCAUUAAUUAGUCAUACCUUGUAGUUUUAUUGACUGUAAAAAACUUUAAUCUCUGUCAAAGAAAUACUCAUUUUAAGUUAAUAACGGUAAAGCUGUCAAUGAGUUGUCAUUUUAAUUAGAAUAGUUAAGUUAAUAUAAGUUUAUAUUGUGCUAAU